AUGGAGCACAUUGACGGAGCUGUCAUCAACCCCAAAGAUGGAAAACUCAUUGAAACCUGCAAGGAGGUGCUUGCUCCUAUUGUCACCAAUGUCGUCGACGCCGUCUACGACCACCUUCUCAAGUACGACCUCACCGCCGAAUCUUUUGCGCCGAAACAGUCACAGGAAGGCGUCACCGCAGACGCAAAUGUGCGCGACCUUCAUGCUGGCCACGAAAACAUCAAAUAUCGGAAGGACUUCUUGAAGGGUUACCUGGUCAGAUUGGUCUCGAACCACGGCUGGACUCCCGAGAGCAAGUUUUGGGAGUACAUUGACAUGGUGGGAAAUGUCCACACAGGCUCCACAGAUUCUGGUUUGAAGCACCGGAAGAACAGAUCUGCCCUCUUUGUGGAGUACCGCGAAGUCAAUCUAUUGCUUGGAUGGGUCGAGAAUGCCGUCACCGACAUUGUCAUGGGCGUCGAGGGGUUGGAACUGCAGACAAAAGUGGACAUUCUGAAAGCUCUUAACAAGUUUUGGUGGAUCCAGAACGAUCUCUUUGCGAGACACUAUAUCACAGGUUUGAAAGUGCCCCAGGUGGAAGAGGCGCGGCGCCUGCUGACCUGGAUUGACAAACUCAAGGCUGAUCCGGUAUUCCCGAUUGUCUCGGCGAUUGUGCUUUUUGUCGCCAUCUUCAGCUUGAAAUUCUGA